AUGUUUCACACCUUCGCCGCCACCACUCCCUCCUUGCAGCACACUUCCUUUUUAACAUCACUGCAAGGAAUUCGUGAUGUAGUGAGCGAGAUUCCAUACCGAGACUCCAUUUUCAUGGUUGCCUCUCUAGACGUUGAUGCUUUGGCUGCAUUUCAUAUUUUAUCAUCUGUGUAUCAAUCGGACAGAUUUUUCGGAAGCUAUGCAGCAGUGUUAGUGAGCAAUCAUGAGGAUAUUACUCGGAAUAUUGAAAACAAUAAUGAUAAGACUAUUUUCUUCUUGAUUAAUUGUGGUGGACAAUAUAAGGAUUUUAAAAAGUACAAAGACAAACACUUCUUUGUUUUGGAUGCUUGUCGACCUUUCUAUUUAUGUAAUGUGUUUACUACUCUUCAACAAGUGAGAAACGUUCAUUUGAUCGUGGAUAAAGAUGAAGAACAUCAUGGUCGUUAUUUAUUUGUAAAGAAGAGUUUUGUAGAUGAUAUUAUACAAGGAACCGAAGAGGAUGGUUCAGAAGCCUUUAAUCCUUCCUCUUCUGUGUUUGAUGCGAGUGCUUGCGAAUUGGUAGAAAAAAUCACUCUUAAUCCCGAUGAAGCCCUCAAUGAAGAUCAUUUCAUUGAGGAUGAAGAUGAUGAUAUAAACGCUGAUAAGGAGAUGGCAGAUUUUAUUGUCCAUGAUGAGGAAGAAGAAGAUGAGCAUGAGGUUCAAAGUAAUUCUAGUGGAGAGGGAUAUGAUUCAGACAUGGCUAUGGAUAAUGAAUCUAUUUUGUCGGAAAUUGAAGAACAUUACUUUGCAAAUACUCGAGAAGAACGAGUCAUAUUAUAUAACAAUAGCGAUGGAUUUAGCAAACCCUCGGCAUUCCUUCUCUAUUCCUUUUUGGAUCAACAUUCAAUUUCUCUUUCAAUGAGAUGGGCUGCCAUCGUUUCCGUGACCUUCCAUUAUUUAUUCGAUCGACUUUCGGAUAAUGAAUAUCCAGACUAUUACUCUAAAUUAUCAUGUGACCUCGCUUACAAAUCAAAUGAAAAGUCAAUAGAUGGUAUUUCGAUACCUCUUGAUGGGGAUUAUAUAAGACACAAAUAUAAUGAUUUAAAUAUUGAACUAUUACGACAAUGGACUAUUUUUGAUGCUUGCUUGAACUCAACUCUAGUGGCUAGAGCCUUCAACACAUGGCUGAACAGUGGCAUUGAGGCAAUGAAACUAUUCAUUGCUGAUUUAGGAAUUAAAUUACAAGAUGCAACUUCACCAUGGCAAGCACUUCCUGGAGCAACAAAAGACCGUUUCCUUGAUGCUGUCAAAAAAGAGAAGAACAAAUAUCAUCUCUCCUCGAUUGUAUUUAAUUCUUUCGAAAGAGUUUAUGAACAGGCCUUUUCUCUUACUGCAAGUGAUCAAGUAUUUGCUCUUUUAGGAAUGAUGCAAAUUGUUCCACCUCAAAAUCUAUUAACUACAAUUUCUAAUAGCAUCAUUAAUGCAAAAGAAAAUAAGCAACUAAUCGAACAAGGAAUUACAAAAGCGAAACAAAUGAGACAAGCCAUGAAUGACAUUUUCAAAAUGGUCAUGGAGAACAAGGCGUACACUCAUACUCGUGAAUUUAUUGUUAUCGAUUUGACAAGUAUUAAUCUUUCUCACUUUAACCUUGCAUUUGCAUCACAGAUCGAUCAACAACAUUGGAGUCUUUCCUCGAGCACUGCCAUUCACUCUGAGACCGAAACUAGCAUAUCACCGGUCGCGUUUUUCCAAUUAACUCAACAUUUUAUGAAACUUGUGAAGUACAACAAAUUAUUUGGAAAAGUACAUGUGAUUCUCAUAAAACAACUUGGAAAUCAAGUUUACAUUUGUGGGCUUCACCAAAAUCAUCAAAAGAUUCGAACUUUUAACAGAGCCUUCGAAUUUGCCUGCAGGACAUACAAUGAACCAACCAAAUAUUCAAACUUUGGAAGUCAAGUUAAAAUUAUUGACAAAUCGAAGCGAGGUGACAUUAUAUCGGUGUUGUUAGGGUCUCUUGUGCAAUCCAAAAAAGCCACACCAUCUCAUCGUACACAGUCUUCACGUCAUGAGUUUGAAGAUGACCAAUUUGAAGAUGAUGAGGAAGAUGAUGCCAUGGUUGAUGAUGAAAACGACGAUGAAGGAAACGAAGAAUAA